AUGACAGUAGCAAGAGCCAGGGAGAAGACGCCGCCUCCUCUUGACAGAGGCUGGUCUUGGAUGGUAGCUCUGGGAGUUUUUAUCUGUGUCUUCUUCAUGGUGGGUAUCGCCAAGUCGUAUGGUCUGUUUCUGUUGGCCUUUCAGAAGCACUUUGGUGUUAGUACGGCUUACGCGGCAAUGCCCGUUUCAUUGACGGCUUUUGUGUACUCACUGGGAGGCAUUGGCAAUUCUUGUUUCUAUGGGAAUGGUCUUGUCAUGAUCGGCAAGUACUUCCGCACUCGCAGGUCGCUGGCCACUGGCCUGGGUUUGGCCGGAGCCAGCAUUGGUCAGUUUGCCAUGCCUCCGAUCAUCGAGUACCUCCUAGAGACGUACGGACUAAGUGGAACUCUUCUAAUUAUUGGGGCUCUGUACGGCCAUUGUGCCAUUUCGGGAGCAUUGUUCCGACCAAUUGAACAGUAUGGUCCCGUGGAGUCGCCAGUCAAAGCUGCGUGUGAGAGAGAGAAAAAUGGUCAUGCCACACUUACAGAUACCCCUAGUGCAAGAAACGGCCGUGAUGCUCUCACAGAGGUGUCUGCCGCAGCCCUUGAUCAUGCUGUCCAUCAUUCAAAUAACAGAAACAGCGUUAACAAGGAAAGAAAGUGUGUUGUGUCCUUUGUGGAGGUGGACACGCUUGAACUCGAUGUCAGUGAAGGAGACUCACCUUCAGUUGACCAACUAGACGACGAUGAUGAUGAUGCGAAAAGUUACCUAGAGCGGAAAGUUUUACUGGCCAGCACAGGAAGUGUCUUUCUUGUGUCGCCAAGUACUCUUGAUGUUUCUGUUGUGGAUAGCAAAGCACACGGACUUGAUGCCAUCAAAGACAAGAAGUCCAUUUCAUGCUUGAGACGUAUUUUUGAUUUUUCAGUUCUGAAGAGCUACAUUACCAUUUACUUCAUCAUUGUUUCAUUUCUUUGUUUCUUCGGCUACUUCAACCAUAUUCUUUUUCUGCCAGCAAUUAAUAACGCUAAAGGAAUCACAAAGUACCAUAAUGCAUUGCUCAUUUCUAUAUGUGGAAUAGGCGACCUCAUUGCCAGGAUCGGUACCGGGUUUAUUGCCGACCUUAACCUCAUUCCUCGUUACCAGUUGAAGGCCAUGGCAUGUGUGCUUAGCGGAAUCAACAUCUUCGUUUUUAUUUAUGCGGACACUUUUGCCUGGUUGGCCUUUCACUGCUUUUGCUACGGUUUCCUUGGAGGAGCUUACGUCUGCCUGAUGUCGGUGGUCCUCGUGGACUUUGUCGGGGUGCAGCUGAUGGCUAAAAACCUGGCCAUCGUCUUGUUGAUUCAAGGAGUUGGAGCAGCAGUUGGCCAGAUCUUUUUAGGCUGGGUCAAAGAUCAGACUGGCUCGUUCACCAGUGUGAUCGUCAUUCUGUCGCUGAACAUGAUCUCUGGAGGGCUGUUGUUAUUUUGUUAUCAAUUUAUUCGACGCUGGGAGGAUGCCAGGUUGGCUCGCCUUUCUGACCUGGACAAGGCGUCCCGCCACCAAAGUUAG